AUGGAGCCUUCUUCGCCGCGAGGUGCGAAUCACUUCAGCGUCCUAAGCUCGUACUCUGCCUGUGAUGUCUCUGAUGCCCUGCUCAAGUUGCAACAACCAGACUCUGGAGAGAUACUUCAUGCAGGGUAUCUGGCUGACAUAGGUGAGCUUGUCCUCAACCGCCUCUUCUCGCAGAACGUUGAUUGCUGGAUCAGUACCAUAUGCACCCUUCCCACAGCAUUUGGGCUCCUAAACUCCAUCACAAGCCCACUGCCAGAAUCAGGUCCUAACGCCAUCCCCAAGGGACAGCAUUGGGUCGAUCUUACUGACGAGGGCACUGUGAUGGUGAUUGAGCAGCCUGAGGGACAAUCGUGCGCCGCCAUUGGAGGCAUCAUGGCCUUACGUAUGAAGACCAGGGGUGCAAUGGGUUGUGUGGUUGGGGGCAGGGUUAGAGACUUGGAGGAGUUGAAUAACUGUGGCCUUCCGGUGAGUGCUCCAGGAACCAUCAACAGAAUAUGGAAACCGAAAGCAUCUGCACCGGUAUUGGUUGGACAUGCGCCCAGCAUGCCUAGCCAGGUCUGCCUGUGCAAUGCUCUCUACCCUGUCUGUUUCUUUCUGUUUGAUAUGCUCGAUAUUUCGUUCUGUUCGCCGCUCUAUCCGCUCUAUCUGAGGGAGCCAAGAGGGAUAUGCAUCGGCAUCACCCAACAGGCGAGAAAGGCUUCAGUGGUGUCGAGUCCUCCUGUCAAGGUCUGGGCUUGCGGCAAGUCAACAGUGGGUGCUGGAGCGGAAUCAAAAGUCUUUGCUCGGAACAUUGACGUGACAAUCGGUGGUGUCAAGAUAUCACCAGGAGAUAUUAUCUUUUGUGAUCCACUCGAAGGAGUAGUUGCCAUACCUCGGAAUCUCUUGGACAAAGUCAUUUCGAUGGUCCCAAAGCUGGUUGCCGCAGACGAGAAGAUCAAGGAAGAUCUUCAUCGAGGGGGAAGUGUAGCUCGUGCUUUCAGAACCCAUCGAGCCUGA